AUGACAUUCAUCAGUGAUGAAAUAUGGCAAACUGAGAAGCCUCAGACUAUUCGGCAAACUCUUCAAAAGACACUGCAGUAUUUUGAACAUCAAGUUAUUGGUUACAGGGAUGCAGAGAAGAAUUUUCACAAUAUAUCAAACAGAUGCUCCUAUACAGACUGCUCUGGUAAUGAAGAAACUGAGGAUGUCUCAGGAAUUCUCCAGUGUACGGCUAAUGUACUUGGUCUGAAGUUUGAGGAAAUGCAAGAAAAGUUUGGGGAGGAAUUCUUCAAUAUCUGCUUUGAUGAGAAUGAAAGAGUUCUUCGAGCUGUAGGUGGGACCCUUCAAGACUUCUUCAAUGGCUUUGAUGCUUUGCUGGAGCAUAUUAGAACUUCAUUUGGAAGACAGGCCACCCUGGAAUCCCCUUCUUUCCUAUGCAAAGAACUCCCUGAAGGCAAUCUCAUGCUUCAUUACUUUCACCCACAUCAGAUUGUGGGAUUUGCAAUGACAGGAAUGAUAAAAGCAGCAGCAAAGAAGAUUUACCACUUGGAAGUGGAAGUAGAACAGGUCACAAAUGAUAAGUUGUGUUCAGAGGGGACAAACCCAGGUAACUGCAGUUGUCUGACUUUCCUUAUCAAAGAACAUGAAAAUGCAAAUAUCACAAAAGCACUUCCACCAGGAACUUCCCACUCCCCUUUAGACCUGAGGAUUAGCAUCAGCACCUUCUGCAGAGCUUUCCCCUUUCACCUGAUGUUUGAUCCAAACAUGCUGGUUCUCCAGCUUGGAGAAGGUCUUAGGAAGCAGCUCAGAUGUGACACUCAUAAAACCCUGAAAUUUCAAGACUGCUUCGACAUAGUUUCUCCUAAAAUCAGUGCCACAUUUGAACGAGUUCUCCUGAGAUUAUCUACUCCCUUUGUCAUUCGGACCAAACUUGAGGAUUCCGACUCUGAAAAUAAAGAUAAGGUGAUGGAAAUUAAAGGACAAAUGAUUCAUGUACCAGAAUCAAAUUCGAUUUUGUUUCUUGGUUCCCCAUGUGUGGAUAAGCUGGAUGAACUGAUGGGCCGAGGCCUCCAUCUUUCAGACAUACCUAUCCAUGAUGCUACUCGUGAUGUCAUAUUGGUUGGGGAACAAGCAAAGGCACAGGAUGGCUUGAAAAAACGAAUGGAUAAGCUGAAGGCAACACUAGAAUGUACACACCAAGCUCUGGAAGAGGAGAAAAAGAAGACAGUAGAUCUCCUUAUUUCUAUUUUCCCUGAAGAAGUGGCUCAGCAAUUGUGGCAGGGGCAGCAGGUUCAGGCCAGGAAGUUUGAUGAUGUCACCAUGCUCUUCUCAGACAUUGUCGGCUUCACUGCCAUCUGUGCUCAGUGCACGCCCAUGCAGGUCAUCAGCAUGCUGAACGAGCUCUACACGCGGUUUGACCAUCAGUGCGGAUUCCUGGACAUCUACAAGGUGGAAACAAUAGGCGAUGCAUACUGUGUUGCUGCAGGGCUCCAUAAGAAAAGCCUUAGUCAUGCUAAAGCCAUUGCCCUAAUGGCAUUGAAGAUGAUGGAGCUUUCAGAAGAGGUUCUCACUCCCGAUGGAAGCCCUAUUAAGAUGAGGAUAGGCAUUCACUCAGGUUCAGUGCUGGCCGGUGUUGUUGGCGUAAGAAUGCCACGCUAUUGCCUCUUUGGGAACAAUGUCACCCUUGCAAGCAAGUUCGAGUCAGGAAGUCACCCACGCCGCAUCAAUGUCAGUCCCACCACGUACCAGCUUUUGAAAAAGGAAGAAAAUUUUAUUUUUAUCCCUCGUUCCCGUGAAGAGCUUCCAGAAAACUUUCCAAAGGAAAUUCCUGGGAUCUGUUACUUCCUUGAGGUCAGAAGUGGUCAGAAGCCGCCAAAACCCUCCAUCACAUCUGCCAGAGUGAGAAAGGUUUCUUACAACAUUGGCACCAUGUUCCUCCGGGAGACUAGCCUAUGAGGCCUGCUGCAGAUCAAAGACUCGUCAAAAAAGCACAAGCCCAGAACUGGGUCAUGACAGGGGAGUUGGAAGUUCUUUGUAUGUCUCUGCUUUGUUCUGAACAGGCGGUAAAAGCUCCAUGAAAUGUCAGGCAAUAAUCAUUUUAAAAGGUGGGUGACUGCUGUCAGUAAACAAAGUGGAGAUAGGAAAAAAAAUAUUAAGCAAUUUAUUUCCACUUCCAGAGGAAUUUCUUUCAUAAACUUCAGUCUGGCCCCUCUAUGGCAAACAAAACAAAACAACACCCCAACUCUCAAAUUAGAGGUUGGUUUUGUUUUGUGCGGAAAUGAUGGUGGUUCUCUGUAGAUUUGCACCAGCUAAGCAGAAUUGAGAGUCAGUUCUGAUUAUGCAUUCCUACAUUUAAUGUGUUCUUCAGUAAGGUAAUGAUGUUUUUUAACUUUAUGAACAAGCAUUUCAUACAUGUACUGUAGAGCUGUUGUAACCUUCCUGGCAGGAGGAAUUAUAAUUUAAUACAAAUAUUGUAGGAAUUUUACCUAUUUUUAUACAUAUUUCAGUUUCUGGAUAAUUACAUUCCACAUACUGUAAGCUGAGUGAGCUUAGAUAGCUUUUCCGAAGAAGUUGCUGUGUAUUUCAUACAUUUUACCAAUCAAAUGUAUUAUUAUACAAGUAGGAAGAAGGCAUUUCUUGACUUUUUUUGGCAACAAAAAUACCAAUAUUUUACAGGAAAAAGAUCCCACUUUGGUAAAUCUCUUUACCUGAUGUUUAUGCUAAAGCUUUAGAUGAGCAUUGUCUUCUUAUAUAAAAUAAUGUUCAGUAUUUGUCGUACAGUGCUGUAUGUCUAGUCUUUCCAGAACAAUGCAAACAAAGUGCAGAAGAUCAAUAUGUGGACAAACAGAAAAGUUCUCUGCAGUGGGGCUUGUUUGCCCUCUAAAUUAUCAGUCAAAAUGAAUUUUGGUAGAAGCCCUGAACUUUUUUUAAAAAUUUGGUCUUGUGAAAACUUAUUCUGAGGAAUUCCAGCAGACACUGGAAGCUCUCUGGGUACUAGUUUUCCACAUUUUUUAUUUGGACUUGUACUUCUAGUCCAGAUUGAUUAUUUCAAAUCCAAUCUGUUAAUAAUGAUUGGUCAUAUGGAAAUUUCCUCUGUUGCUGGAUUGGCUUGAAGGUCUCCUGCUUUAUCUAAUGAAGAUCAAAAAACCACCAAAAAGAGGAAGGCAGUACUUUCCCUGGUUAAUGCAAAUGGCAGUUCAAGAUUUAGAUUAGUCCAGGUCAAUUGAAAAAAAAAAAAA